CCUCUGCCUCUGCUCCUAUCCAUUCGCCUUCCUCUGCUCCCCAGCCGCUGUGCGUCGCCCACUCCGCGCUCUCCUCUCCCGCCGUCAGUCUUCGCCUUCCCUCCCCGACGGACCGGCCGCCGCCGCUGCGGAGCCAGGACCUUCGCCAGGCGCCCGCGCCCAAGAGGAGCCGCCGCCGCCGCCAUCCACCAAGAGGCAGCCGGUCGCACUCAUUGCAAAGCACAUACUCCCACAUGGCCCUCAAUACACUGCAACUUCCAUCUAACUUAGCAAGGCCAAGCAGCUACAGGUUCAGUCCAUCCUCGGCUUCUUACCAGCCAAAGCCGCCGGUGAGACUUGACACAAGGACCACCGCAAAGAAGCACCAGAAGAGAACCACAUCAGUCCUUAAGUGCAGGGCCAAUCUGCAUGGCUGCAUGGACGAGGUUGUUCAGACCCCCAAAGACCAGACGACUGAAAUCCCAAUCGUGAUGUACCCGUCAGUGGUCUUCCCUGGUGCCACGCUUCAGCUGCAGGCAUUUGAGUUCAGGUACCGCAUAAUGAUGCACACCCUUCUUCAGCAAGGCCUCAAGUUUGGGGUCAUCUACUGUGGCAAGAACGGCAGGAUGGCAGAUGUUGGGUGCAUCGUCCAUGCCAUCAAGUGCGAGAGGCUCAUCGAUGACCGGUUCUUCCUCACCUGCGUAGGUGAAGAUCGCUUCAGGGUCAUCGAGAUUGUCAGGACAAAGCCCUAUGUUGUUGCAAGGAUCCAGGUGCUCAACGACCGUCCCAUCUCAGAGCCCCAGGACGACCUUGGGAGCCUGAUGCAGCAGGUGGAGCAGCACCUUAAGAAUGUGGCCAUGCUUUCAGACAAACUGAACCUGAACCAGAAGCUGAGGGGAGAUCACCAGGCUGAGCAAUUCCGCAGGAUGCACUCUGCGGCCUCUUUCUCAUUCCUCAUCGCGCGAUUAUUCAUUGAUGAUCGCUUGGAGCAGCAGGCGCUGCUGCAGAUGAAUGACAGCACCCAGCGGUUGGCGCGAGAGGGGAUGUACCUGGAGCGCAGGAGCAAGUACCUGGCUGCCAUUGCAGCAAUCAAGGACGCCUUUCAGCACCUGUCCUGCAACGAGAAGUAGAACCUACCUUCACAUUUUGGAUAUGUGAUAGCUACUAACUAGAUACUAGUAUGUAGAGCAAUACCCCCUAAAAAAACCUAAAAAAAAGUAUGUAGAGCAAUAAGCAACCAGACAAUGUCAUGGUCAUAUAGGUUUCCUUUUAGUCUUGAAGUUUCUGCUACUUCUGUGUAUAGUGUACAUUCUCUCGUGUCCUUUUUUGUAUUGCAAAUUUUGCUGCUAUUUCUAGAUGUACUUGUGUAUAGUAUAUUGCUGCAACAUGGAGGGUAUAUUGAGUAAGAGCUUUUCUAUCAGAGA